GGUACCAAACCACUGAUUCCCACGUAACACAUGAAGCCCAAACGCAGACACCCAGUCACAUCUCGCAUGGACGCUCCGUGCAAGAGACUCGAUGCAUGCCUCAUUGGCCUGAUCCUCAGCCGCAACAUCACUAUCAGGCGUGCGGAGUCGCCCCAUGUUCGCUAUAUCAACACGCUCGAGCUGGCAUAGGCAAAGAUCUCCAGACCGUCUUCUAUCAAUCGAACAGCAAGAUAUCUCAUCUCCCUCAUCAUCAGUAUUGAUUCUGCGAUAUACGUCGAGUAUAUUGUCUCGUCCAUUCAGCGCUUGAGUCUAACGCCUCGUCUCGGAACAGUAACGUGCAAGGGGCCUCUGACCACUCAGAGGUGGCUCCGAUGUCGCAUAAUUCGACAUGCAUCACGGCUUCUACCGUGGCUGCCACCACCCACGACAUCGUUCAUGGAUGGGUGCAUCAGCCAAACUGUCGUGGAACUAUCGACAUCAUAUGGUCAGGCUUGUUCACGAUCUUUAUAUGCACAUACACCAUGUUAUGCCUUAACGUGCCUGCCCAAUACGAGAAACCUUGGGAUAUCAUUUGUCGGCGGCUAUUCUGGAUGUUGGUAGCGAUCUCUGGCCCCGAGUUCGUUCUCACAUAUGCCAGUGCACAAUGGGGUAGAGCCAGGGAUUCUGUGAGGGCUUUCAAGGCGUCCGGCUUUCCUCAGUGGACAAUGCGCCACGGGUUCUUUGCUGACAUGGGGGGCUUCCAUCUCGUUCCUCCGGACGGUCCCCCGUUCCCGGUCACUUCAAAGCACAUCCAUUGGCUGGUAAUCCAUAAUUACCUGCCUUUCCCAGAAAUCACCUCGGAGGAGAUCACAGACAGAUCCAAGCAAGAUACAGUUGCGAAGAUCGUCAGCUGUAUGCAGACCAGCUGGAUGCUUCUUCAGUGCCUAGGUCGCGCGGCACAGGGUCUUGCCAUCACCACACUGGAAUUGUCGGCCCUUGCUAUCGUAGUCUGUUCUGUCAUGACAAGCCUCUGUUGGCUCCAUAAGCCUAGUGACGUUCGGACACCAAUCAGACUAGAGCUUCAUAUCAGCAUAGAACAGAUACGCAGGGAAGCCGGCGACCAUGCUAUGGAACCAUACAAGCAGACGCCACUGGAUUUCAUCGAUGACCUACUCCCAAGUUGGUCUCUGAAUGUACAGCCCUUCAUGAGGAUGCCAGUCGCACCCUUCGAACGGCCACUGCCGCGCCUUGGCAACGACAGGCUUCCUGACCUGAAGGGCUAUCAGGAGAUAAUUCUUUGUGUUGCGACCCUGUUGUAUGCCUCGAUCCAUCUCAUUGGCUGGAAUUUCGGGUUCCCAACAAAGGCGGAGCUCAUCCUCUGGCGAGUAUGCAGUAUGUUUCUGUUCGGAAACACGGUUGCGUUCUGGGUCUUCGAGACGUCAGCUGCCUGGUAUCGGAUAGGACGCUGGCAGCGCUUCUUCUGCAGGAUCUUCUGGAAAUCUAAGCUGGAAGACGUGGAGCAAGCGCGACUGACAAGAGAAUCUGCCAAAGUCCCCAAAGUACUGCCACUGAAGGCCGAAUUCUGGAGUAUAUUCCCACUUGCUUGCACGUAUGCUGCUGCAAGGUUAUAUUUGAUCGUGGAAGCUUUCGUUGGGCUAAGAGCUCUGAAGACAUGGAAUAUGCUUUAGCUAUGGACGUGUACCAUUUGACCCUUCAUUUUUGGCUAGUUAACGGGGUGUCCCCAUUUCCUCUCUUUUAUUCAACUUGUGUUUUGUUAUCAAAUUUUCGCUUUCUCUUUAGGGUGGCCUUCCAUCCUUACUAAUCAGUAUAUCAUUAUCUUACUAAACUCCAAUAAGCUUUCAUAAUCAUCAGUAGCAAUCGAUAAGACACAAACAAACAAAA